AUGGCGCAGGCCGCGCCCGCGCCCCAACGCACCCACUCCUUCGCCAAGAAGACCUUCCACAAGCCCACCUACUGCCACCACUGCUCCGACCUGCUGUGGGGGCUCAUCGGCCAGGGCUACGGCUGCGAAGGUACGCGUCGCGCAUGCGCCCCGCGCGCGUCGAUACCGCCCGCGCGCUCAGCACGACCAGCGUUAUGCAACUCCCCGGGCGUGUCCGUCCCCCGUCCUCACAGCCUGUCUCCUGUCCCUGCCCUGCUCCACCUCCUCUCAUCUUCAUCAUCUCCUCCUCCUCCUCCCUCCCGUCUCCUUAGUCCUACCGUCCUUCUACCUGCCGGUUCUCGGCCGUUUUCUCCCGUCCAUCUCCACUCAUCUCCUCUCAUCUCUUCUCCUCUCCUCCACAUGGCGUGUAAAGUUGAGCAAAGCUCCCAAAUGGGGAAAGAGCAUCUCGUGGUUAAGUCAAACUCCGCGCCGCCAUUGGUCGGGCCCGGUGACGUCAAUGCCGGCCUCCCGCCGCCGCCCGGGCCCCGCAGGCCCCCCGCGAGCCCCGCAGGCCCCCCGCCAGCGCCCGGAGACCUCUGA